UGCAGGGGUCAGGUCCUGGGGGCAGAGCCGCGAUUCCCUUUGCAGCCGGCCACCCUCCCCCCUCCCCGCGGGCUUUUGCACACGACGCGCGGCGGGCGGCUUCACACCAGGUGGCGAGGAGGGCCGGGGAUAAAGCGGGCGGGCGCGGGGCGCAGCGGCAGGGCCGGAGAGGAAGGUGGAAGGUGACUGCGAGCUGCCAUCGUCCUGCGCGCAACUUCGAGGGCGCACCGGGAGAGGCGGCAUGCAGACUAUGGACAAGCAGAACCUGCUGGAGAGCACGCGCGGAGCCCGGUCCUUCUUAGGAUCUCUGUGGAAGAGUGAAGCUAGCCGGAUCCCUCCUGUGGACCUGCCCGCGGUUGAGCUGGCUGUCCAGAGCAACCAUUAUUGCCAUGCCCAGAAGGAUUCUGGAAGUCACCCUGACCCCGAGAAGCAGAGGGCCCGACGUAAACUCUAUGUGGCCUCUGCCAUCUGCCUGGUGUUCAUGAUUGGCGAAAUCAUUGGUGGGUACCUGGCACAGAGCCUGGCCAUCAUGACCGACGCUGCGCACCUGCUCACGGAUUUUGCCAGCAUGCUUAUUAGCCUCUUCGCCCUCUGGGUGUCUUCCCGACCAGCCACCAAGACCAUGAACUUUGGCUGGCAUCGAGCCGAGAUCCUUGGAGCCUUGUUGUCCGUGCUCUCCAUCUGGGUGGUGACUGGUGUGCUCGUGUACCUGGCUGUGCAGCGGUUGAUUUCUGGAGAUUAUGAGAUCAAAGGGGACACCAUGUUGAUCACUUCGGGCUGCGCUGUGGCUGUGAACCUCAUAAUGGGGUUGGCCCUCCAUCAGUCUGGACACGGGCACAGCCAUGGGAACAGCCGCGACAACAGCAGCCAGCAGCAGAACCCCAGCGUCCGAGCUGCCUUCAUUCAUGUGAUUGGGGACCUUCUGCAGAGUGUGGGGGUACUGGUAGCAGCCUAUAUCAUAUACUUCAAGCCUGAGUACAAAUACGUGGAUCCCAUCUGCACCUUCCUCUUCUCCAUCCUGGUCUUGGGGACAACGUUGACCAUCCUAAGAGACGUGAUCUUGGUCCUGAUGGAAGGGACUCCCAAAGGCGUGGACUUCACAACUGUGAAAAAUCUCCUGCUGUCCGUGGAUGGGGUGGAAGCCCUGCAUAGCCUGCAUAUCUGGGCACUGACAGUGGCCCAGCCGGUGCUGUCUGUCCACAUAGCCAUUGCCCAGAAUGCUGACGCCCAGGCUGUGCUGAAGGUGGCUAGGGACCGCCUCCAGGGGAAGUUCAAUUUCCACACCAUGACCAUCCAGAUUGAGAAGUACACUGAGGACAUGAAGAGCUGCCAGGCGUGCCAGGGCCCCUCGGAAUGACUCCCCAGCCAGACACCGUCUCCUCGGAAGCAUGGUCAGGAUCUGUGGGUAGAAACGUCCAGUGUGCAGCCGGGACUCCAGCAAGGCACAGCCUGGAUCACUCCAGGGUGGGACUCUCCUUAGCCUCUCUGAGCUCACAGGAUGGGGACACAGCAGAUGAGGCCCCACUUCUGUUCCAGGAUGGUGUUUGGGCUGGGUCCUGAACUGAUGUCAUUCCUAACAUCACAGCUGAGAGACACUGAGGCACAGAAAGGGAUUUGGGGGUGUCCUGUAUGAUCCAGGGUCUCUGUGUCUGAACCAAAAAUUGAACAAGAUCCAUGUAACAUGUGACCGGGUAGUCGGGGGUUCCCUUGGCAGGGUCGGUCUCAUUGAUAAAAGAACCUGGAGCCGGACUCAGGAGGAAGAUCUGAGGCUGUUUUAUUAGAAUUUGGAAACAAACAAAACAAAGACCCACAGUCCAGGCAAGCCAUGAAUCUCGGCAGCUACUGAAGGAAAGUGAGGGAGAAGAGAGAAAGAAAGUCAGGGCUUUUGAAUUAGGGUCAGCAAUGGAGUUCUGUAAAUAGCUGGAUGGCUAUAAUGGGGGAGGGAGGGUUAAAGGAACAGUGAGAAAGCCACGCAUGCACACACACAAUUUCAAGACGAGAGAAAAAGGGGGGAAGGAGAAAUUGGGCUUCUGAGUUAAGAGUUUGGGAAAACAAGCUAACUUAGCAGUUAAGGUCUAUAAACAAGUAUCUGUAAGUGGGACCCCGGAGAGCCUUAAGUGCUAUAAUCAAGGAGAUAAUUGUUCCUUAGCAUGUCUUUGGAUGACUGACAGGCCCAACUGAAUGAACUCUAAAAAGACUGCAGAGAGGUCAAACCAUAACUUGGUGGAGUUUUUUCUCUCCAUCUUUACGUGAAUGUCUGUGAUCAAUGUCAGGUAGUCAGGUCUGAGCCACUUUUGAGGGAGGCGUGGGGGCUAUGGGAGGUACUGUCCUACUCUUUGGGACACAUCUUCAUCAGGGGUAGAACCUAGUUCCUAUCCUUUUGACCAGGAGGAAUUUGCUUCUGAGGGAGAUGGGUCUCAAGGGUCUCUCCCUGGUUUGCUUUACACAGUUGGGAGCAGAGCCCUUGCCUCUGCUAUAUAGCAUGACUUACCAAGACCAUGGGGACAGCAUUCAUACACUCCCUCUGAGAUGUGGGACCAAGGGGCACCCGAGGCUUCUCUCUGCCUUGCUCACUUUGGCUGUGGGCCCCAUGUGACUUCCUAGAAGAGGAGGAGAAAAAGGCCUCUUUAUAGGGAAAAACCUGCCUGGUUUCUUCCUUCCUGGUACCCCAGCCCAGGAAGCCAAGUCAGUGUAUCUAUGGCCUUGACCAAGGUGGCAGUAACAGAUUCCAGUUAGAUCUUGCUCUCACAGCCUCAGGGCCAGGCCACUUCCCUUGAUCUAUCUCACGAGAUAAUAGAUCCUGCUGUUUCGAGGGUGACCAUAACCUAGUUAGGGGUGAGGAUGUGUCCAGAGGCUGACAGGAGGAGUGUCCCCGGAGUCUGUGUGAAGAAUCCUUUGAGCUGGUUUGAGGUUACAGAUGCAAGAGGUGAGAGCUGUCUCCAGUCUUACAGAGUUCAUAGGAAGUCCCUUCUUAGGAAGUUCUAGGCCAAUGUUUAUAUCUGUCAUUGCAGGCCAACUGAAGGUUGUCACUUCUCAGUGCCUGUGACUCAUACAGAGACCAGGAACAUCGUGACAUCUUCCCUCACAGGAGUGUGCAGACAGCCGAGCCUGCUAAGCGCCGGGUGGUUGUGUAUUAGUCUCUUUGAUCAGUGUCCUGGAAAAGGCUCUUGUGAAGGGCCAGACAGGCUUCCUAAAGUUCCUGCAAUGGCUCUGUCCUGGCACAGUAAGGAGAAAGGCUAGGGUUGGCCUCCACCACCACCACCACCCCAAUUUAAAAAAAAAUAAAUGGUAUUUGUUUUAU